ACACACACAGACACACACGCCGACAGACAGACCUGCAAGCGGACUUCCAGCACAUUCACAGCUCCACUGAACUUGGCUCAUGCUGCCGUUGCUCUGACAGAAGAGAAGAAGACACACACACACACCUCCGUGGGAGAGCUCAGAUAAAGACGUGCCUUCAGUCUUGGAGUGGCGCUGUCACACACUGAUAUACAAAUACGCAUUUAGACAAAUACACAGGCACAGUCAGGGAGCCACACACAUUCCCACAAACUGACACACUCACUUCUCACACACACACACAGGGGAGCAAACAGUCUCUCUCUCUUUCUUGCUCGCUCAGCUGCUCUCCCUCCCUCUCUCUCUCUCCCUCCCAUACACACACACAUACACACACACACACACACACACACACACACACACACACACACACACACACACACACACCACUACAGUAUAUCAGCGAGUGACUAGCGGAGAGCCAGAGGGGAGUGCAGAAAUGAAUGUGAAGAUCCUGACGCUGGUGAUUGUGCUCUUGGUGUCUCUGCUGUGUUCUGCCAGUGCUGGUCCCAUGGCCUCCACGGAGCAUGGCAGAGAGCUGGAAGAGGCGGCUACAGUGAGAAAAAUGGUCCAGCAAAACCCUGCGAGGGGUGGUCAGACCCACAGACCAGCCGGCUGGAAGAGGAGACGCCCACGGCCACGUCUUUCCCACAAGGGGCCCAUGCCGUUCUAGAGCAAGGCACUGCUUUGAGCGCCCUCCCCCAGGUUCUGAUUUCUAUGCUCUUCCUUUGCCUUGGGGGGCCUUGCAACGAAGGGCCUACGCUUGCCCAGCCUGAAGAGUGAUGUCCAUAGCACCUGCUGGUUCUUCAAGCAACUCUGUCCACAAAAAAUCAGGACAAGCCGCUCACCCUCAGCUCUAAGAGGAAUUGGGGGCAGGGAAGGGGGGUGGGGGUAUGAGCUAUCAGACUCUAUUUCUCUGUCUCUCUCUCUUUCUCUAUCUCUCACUCCCUCACUACUUAUCUAUCUCUGUCUUCUCCCAAGUGUUUUUUUUUUCAAUUUUCCUAUCAUUUGCUUAAUAGAGCCCAAACAUAGCGAUCUCCCUGAGUGUCUCACACACUUUGCAUGACAUGUGGUGGAGAGGGAGCCCGGUCAAAACAAUCUGAGUCUUAAAGCAUCUGUCACUUCUCCACAGUGUGGUAUUCCCAUCUCUCAGAUCCAAGGUUACUGCAGCCGCUGAUUUCAUUGCUGUGUAGCUACUUCACGGCUUUACUAACGGGAGAGGGUGCUGAUUAUGCGGAAGGGUAGUGUCUGUUUUAAUAGUUGACAAUAGCAAAUAUUAAGUUCACUUACGAUACUCUGGAUGUCUGCUGCGAAAAGGAAUUCAAGGUUUCGUGUUGAAAAUGGAAGAGCAAGAGCAUCACAUUUGAAUGACAUUAUAACCAUCGCUUAAUUAUCAUUAUUAAUGGUGCUUUGUACCUCCUAAUGACAGUACGUCCACAUGCAAAGUAAAGCUGGACUGAAAAGAGAGCACAUAUUGUCAAAACAAUCUAUUUAAGUGACAGAAUAAUUCCUUCAUUUAGGAGAUUCUUUAAUCCAAAGCUAUUUUGGUGUUUCUGAACUCAUUAACACCUUGGGGGGGGGGUUUACCGACGCGCUCAAGGUUACUGUAACAUGUCCCACCUUGGAUGAGUCCUUUGACUCCAAAUCCCAAUCCCAAUCCUGUCCCCAAUCCCCAACCUUCUCAUCACACUGCUGCCCUGCGCAGCUGCUCUACACGACUGUUAACUGGCAGGGGCAGUCUGCUCCACAGACAGGCUGCCUUGCCUUUUAAUGAAGUGCCAAAUAAUAACCUUCUCCACAAUGCUGCCAGGAACGAAGGAAUGAAAGGUUAGGGAGAAACACAUUACCUCUUGUUUGAAGUCUUGAUACACUGACACAUUAUGCAUUUUAAAUUUCUGCAAGAAAUCCCACGUGAGACAAUGUUAGCAAGGAGGAAAGUUAAAAAAGAAAAAAGGAAACUUCAAAGUAUAUAUCAGCUCAGUUAAUAUGCCACCAUGAUCAGCCUACCACUAGUGCUCUGGCUGUUCUAAUAUUCAGCAUAAGGCUGGUUUGACCCUUUGACCGAUAUCUUUCACUGACAAAAUGCUAUGCCUUUCCAUCAUACUGGAAUAUAUUACUGUUUAUGUUUAUUUCUGUGUUUUAUUUCUUUUUUCUCAGGGUGCUGUGAUAGAGGCUUGUACUAGAGCAGUCUAUUUUGUGCAUUUAUUUAACAAAACACAAACAUACAGUACAUUUAAAGCUUAUAUGAGCAUAUUUUCGUAUACUGUAUCUUUACUCUCCCUCUAUGUAUUCACCAAUAUAGCCAUGUAUCCAGAUUCAGUCCUUUCUAGUCAUGAUACUUUCCCUACAUUAUGUUGGGUACAGUUGCCUUUCUAGUCUGCCCUUCCACAGCACAGGUGGUCGUGGCUUUGAUCAUUACGCUCAUUAAAUCCUAGAGUUAAUCUUUCUCAGAUGGAUCUCCCCAAGGCUGGCCGGGGCCACAUAGUCUGAGCUCAUUGUUAAAUUGGCUUAGACUGAAACCACACCCUUCCCCCUUCCCAAUCCUCAAACCCCUGCUGAUUCAGUAUGUAACCAUGUAACAUAUUAGGACUGUAACCUGUAGAGCAGCCACCUUGCAAUUGUUCGAUGUGUAUUAGGUAUGCGGAGCAACUUCCUAGUUGUUUUUUUCAUUCGGAUUUUAGGUGAAAAUCUGAUUUCAAUCCACUGCAAUUCAAUAAGCAAACGCUCCUAUUUCAAGUCAGUUAUGACCACAUAAGCAACUGGCAGGUUAACCUAGAUUUCCAACAACUUUUCCCUCUCACCAUGUCUCAUGCAAAUAUUAUAAUAAAAUGCAGAGUCUUCUCAGUCCCAUCAUGAGAAGCUUUUAUUAAGACAGCAUCUAAAAUCACAGUGGUAAUCCACCCAGCCAAACUCACCUUGAUUAAAAAUGUAUUAAAUCCUAGGGCACUGUGAAGAGUAAUAAUUUCAGUUCCACCAUUAUUUUUUCAUACCCUCUCAGACAGAGAUGUAGAUUUCAUUAAUGCUCCUCGGGAGUGAGACAGCUUUGCUCAGGAUGUCUCAUGUAUUAUUGGGGAAGAUAGUAAGAAGAUAUGAGCUGGGGAUGGAAGUUCAAAGCCGCAGGAGUUGGGAUGCUGGAAGUAGACUGGGUCAUGACAAGGGGUUCAAAUCAAUAUUUCCCCAUCUCAGAAGUUAUUGUUACAGAGCCGAGCAACGUCUGUAUCCGCACUGUUCUUCAUGAAUGUAUCCUCACCAUCUGCACCAGCCAUGCUGCCCUUUCAGAGACCAGAGCAAACCAAUGUUUAUGUAAAAUACUCUUUUUAAUCUUGGUCUGGUUAUCAGUUGAAUCCAAAAAUCAUAAGCCAACAAAUAGACAUGGCUUUGCUCCAAGACUUCUCUGUAUGGGUUUGUAAGGCUGCACCUUUGCAAUUCCAUUAUGCUGCUGGAAAAAUACACCCUGAAAACAAGAGUCUCUUGGUAUGGAAUGGUUUUCCAGUGUGUUGUGACAAUUUUUUUGUCUGAUUCUUGUCUAGCUGGUUGUCCAAAGCUUACUUUUUGAAUACAGUGUGAAGAGCUGUAUCUUUUGUGGAUGUAACAAAAUAGAAAAGUAGUCUGCAGCACAAUAUGUCGUGGACACGUGAAAGCUUUCAGGCGUUCUUUUCUUGUAGAUGAUAGCCCACAGUCCUCCCCUGCACAUCAGGUUAAUGGGCCUUGUGGUGUGGAAGGACAAGCACGUCCAGGCUCAAACUGAAAUGGUAAACCAAUACAUUAUGCUCGGGGAGCAAAACCAUUUUCCUUAAUGGUCUUUUCCAGCAAGGCUUACACAAGAGAAACGAUUCCUAUCCUCUCAAUGUUUCCUCUCCAGUUCCUCUUCUCUGUGACCGUCACAAGGCCUGAGUAAUGUUCCUAUGCACUUGUUAGCAUGUUUUCCUGGUAGAAAAAUGUUUGUUCUGAGAACUUUCCCCUUUGUGUUUAGUUCUUUUUGUCCAAAUGUAUUUGGCUGGGAGUGUGUAAGGAGUGGCGAUGAGCAGAGAGAUAGAUUUGAGUUACUGGUAGAGACAAGAAUAAGCUAGCAGCAGGUUUUAAAAUAUUAGCUUAGUCAUUGAUCUCUGUUUCCCAUUAGUUAUAGUCACAACCCUGACACAAAAAUACAACAGAAAAACACCAGGUUUUUAUGUUCUUGUUUUUUUUUAUCCUAUUGUCAUUCUAUACUCAGUUCUCUACCAGUUAAAAUUCCUUUAAAAUCACACUGAACCAAACAUUUCACUCAUUGUGAAAAUGGAAACAGAGUUGGCAUGCAACACAUUCCAUGAUUUUACCUUGUGAAUCUCUAAGCCCAUCAAACUGUAUCAUGUUGGCCUUCAGAGUGGGUGUCUGCAAGAUCAAGUGGCUGAUAUUCAAUCCAAUGCAUUCACACAUUUCCACCGGCCGGGCAAUCCAAAGGAUAACUAGAUUUUAUCUCCCAUGGGAAAUGAUUAAGAUCUGUCAUUAUCUUGGAGCCUCAAAAUGAGACUUCCUACACCCAGAAUAGCACAGGCCCCUCCUGCCUUGAUUGCGACACAUUCUCCAUCUAUGUAACCACUGUGUCCAAGAUCAGCUACAUUUAGAACAAUCUGAAGAGAGAUGCAGUCUGUAGGUUUAUCCAUCGCAACAGUGUUACUAGGUCUCAAGCAGAUACCAUUUAAAAGACAAUGUAUUACUCCUGAAAAUUAUAUUCUGUUUAUGGUGUGUGCUCAUAUUACUCACCAGGCCAAAUGUACAGUCCCUGUCUCUGUUUUGAUGUUGAACUGGGCAAAAAUAAAUGACAUAAAUAAAUAAAUAAAACAAGUGUAUCAGAAAUGGUUGAAAUACUGUGUACAUAUUUAAACUUUUGGUUUCUAAUUUAUAAAAGAUAAGCUUUAGCUCUUGGAGUACUUAUUUUAUUUUUUCCUUUCAUGUGUAGCUUUGUGUUUUUAUUUUCUAUUUCUGUAAAGUGUGUAAAUAUAUCUUUAUGAUAAUAAGUAAUAUUAAAAAUCUUAUUUUAAGAAAA